UUCUGCGCCUGUGCAACCCGAACGUUCGCGAAAAUUCCUGAAGCGGCACCGGCGGCUACCGGAAGCCAGCGCCGUCCUCUGCUUUAGUGCCGGCGACUGGCGUGGUGGUUUCCUCUCAGUCCCAGCCGGGUGGGUUUCACCUGGGAGACGGAAUGGCGCUUCUGUGUUACAACCGCGGCUGCGGCCAGCGUUUCGACCCGGAGACUAAUGCUGACGAUGCUUGCACGUAUCACCCAGGUGUACCUGUAUUUCAUGAUGCCCUGAAGGGUUGGUCCUGCUGUAAGAGAAGAACGACUGAUUUUUCUGACUUUUUAAGCAUUGUAGGAUGUACAAAAGGUAGGCAUAACAGUGAGAAGCCACCUGAACCAGUCAAGCCUGAAGUCAAGACUACAGAGAAGAAAGAGCUGUCUGAAUUAAAACCCAAAUUUCAGGAACACAUCAUUCAAGCCCCUAAACCAGUAGAAGCAAUAAAAAGGCCAAGCCCAGAUGAGCCAAUGACAAACUUGGAAUUAAAAAUAUCUGCUUCCCUAAAACAAGCACUUGAUAAGCUUAAACUGUCAUCAGGGAAUGAAGAAGAUAAGAAAGAAGAAGACAGUGAUGAAAUUAAGAUUGGGACUUCUUGUAAAAAUGGAGGGUGUUCAAAGACAUACCAGGGUCUACAGAGUCUAGACGAAGUCUGUGUGUAUCAUUCUGGAGUACCUAUUUUCCAUGAGGGGAUGAAAUAUUGGAGCUGUUGUAGAAGAAAAACCUCAGAUUUUAAUACAUUCUUAGCCCAGGAGGGCUGCACAAAAGGGAAACAUGUGUGGACUAAAAAAGAUGCGGGGAAGAAAGUUGUUCCAUGUAGACAUGACUGGCAUCAGACUGGCGGUGAAGUUACCAUCUCAGUGUAUGCUAAGAAUUCACUGCCAGAGCUCAGCCAGGUGGAGGCAAACAGUACACUGUUAAAUGUUCACAUUGUAUUUGAAGGAGAGAAGGAAUUUCAUCAAAAUGUGAAACUGUGGGGUGUGAUUGAUGUUAAACGGAGUUAUGUAACUAUGACUGCAACCAAGAUUGAGAUCACCAUGAGAAAGGCAGAGCCCAUGCAGUGGGCUAGUCUUGAACUGCCCACAGCCAAAAAGCAGGAGAAACAAAAAGAAGAAAUUGCUGAUUGAUUGGAAGAGAAGCAGAAAACUUUUGUCUGAUUUAGAGUUCUCAAUGUGUGUGGUGAAGUAGUAGCUUGCUGCUGUAACCUUUUUGUUGUUUUUUAAUCUGCCAUUUUAGGGUUAUCAUGAGUUUCUUUAAAGCCAAAGUCUCUUGAUUUUUUUGUGCCUCUAUCUUUCUUUUGAGUUCCAUAUUAAGACUCCAAGUCUCCUCAAUAAUAAAAACAUAGUUGUUACCCCACACACAAAGGGAGGAAAAAAACUCAUAAGUAUAAUUGUAGUAUUUCUUAGUAAAAAUUAUUAUAAGCAGAGAAAUAAAAGGAUUUUUUUUAUCCUUAUAUUACCGUUAGCCUUAGAACGGUAGAAAGGUGUAAUAUAAAAAAUUUAAUUGGCCUUUUCAUGAACUUUGUUACUGUAAUAAAGUUUUGUUUCCCCUAUGAGGUGGUUACUUCAGUAGUGCUAACCCUAAAGCAGUGUAGUCACUGUCUCUGUAGUGCUCACAGAAUUCGUUUGCAGUUCAUUUAAUUUCAGAAAGGUACACCAAUAUCUAUAGUUCUUGUCAAGCAAUAUAAUUUAAGACUAUAGGAAAUAAAAUUAAGUUUAUAGAAGCAUCAAUUUGGUUAAAAUUUAUCAUUUCAUAAGAGUAAGCAAUAAUGUUUUGAAAAUCUUUUUAAUUAUUUAAAGGUGUUUUUAUGAUAUUUUGAUUAAAUUUUAUUAAAUUUCUAGUCUAAAUCUCUUAGAGAUUAUCUCUGUCUCCCAGAUGAAAACUGUUUCUAUAAAAUUGUGACUGUGUAGCUUUGUUGAGAUGUGUUAAGGUAUGUGUGAGGCUUGAAUCUGGAAUGCCUCUGAGAGCUUGUUUUGAGUCCCCAAUUUACGGCUCUGUUUUGAAGGCUGUGGAACUUUUUGGAUGUUGGGCCUGGUUGGGUUCUCUAGGAGUGAGUCUUUAAGGAUUAUACACCCCUGCUGUCAGGGCAUGGAGCCACCUCUGUCCAGCACUCUCAGUGCUGCCUCCCAGCCAUUGUAUGUAAACUGUAUCCUCUGAAACUGCGAGCCAAAAUAAACCUUUGCUCCCUUGA